CUAGCUGGCUUGCCUUUUGCAAUUCUCAAUUCAAGACGUAUCCCCUUCCAGAGAGGAGUUUUCUGUAGUGAUGAAUCCAUCCGGUAUCCAUACAAAGAGGACACCAUUUCUUAUAAGUUGUUAGCAGCAAUAAUUAUUCCUUUCAGUAUAAUUGUUAUCAUCCUAGGAGAGACUCUCUCUGUCUUUUAUAAUAAUUUGCACUCAAAUUCAUUUGUCAGAAAUAACUACAUAGCCACUAUUUACAAAGCCAUUGGGACCUUCAUUUUUGGAGCAGCUGCUAGCCAGUCGUUGACAGACAUUGCCAAGUACUCCAUAGGUAGACUGCGUCCUCACUUCCUCGCUGUGUGCCAGCCUGACUGGACACGAAUCAACUGCAGUCUAGGUUACAUUGAGAACUUCUCUUGUCAAGGAGACAAAGCAAAAAUCAAUGAGGGAAGACUAUCAUUUUAUUCUGGCCAUUCUUCGUUCUCCAUGUACUGCAUGCUUUUCCUAGCACUUUACCUUCAGGCCAGAAUGAAAGGAGACUGGGCAAGACUUGUACGUCCUACUCUACAAUUUGGUCUUAUUGCUGCAUCUAUCUAUGUGGGUCUCUCGCGUGUUUCUGAUUACAAGCAUCAUUGGAGUGACGUUUUAACAGGACUCAUUCAGGGAGCAGUGGUAGCUGUGCUCAUUGUUGCGUACGUGUCUGACUUCUUCAAAGUGAGAGGAUGUACAUUUCAACCAAAAGAAGAUUCCCACACAACCCAAUAUUCCCACACAACCCGACACGAGACUCCAACAAAUGGGAAUCACUUUGGCAGCAAUCAUCAACCAUGAAGAAUGACCCACCUCACCUGUCUUGCGCUCUGAAAGGAAAACAAUUUCACAAGUCUAACUAUGUAAUAUAAGUAAACGCCUUUAAGGGACUGUUGCUGCUCUUGGAUGCUCACUUUACCUGUAUAUAGUAACAUCUACCACAGUUAUUGUAUAUCUAAACUUUAAAUUUCUGUUGGUUCAAGCUCUUCCUUAAAAGAAAAAAGCUGUUCAAAUUGUCAAUUUUUAUUGAAAACACAGUAACAGUUAUAUUACACAGACUGCUGUUUGUACAUGCCUUGUUGAAACAACUGUGGUUUAAAUACACACCAUUAAAAGAAAU